CUGCUCUCCAAGUGUUGGAGAUCUAAUGUGUGUGUUAAAUAUGGCACAGUAUGAAAAAAGCAGAAGAGAAGUGGAUGUCUCCAGUAGUGCUGGUGUGACUCACCUGAGUGUACCCAUGUGUUGUUACAACCAUCCCCAGUCUCCCCUAAUUGCGGCAUAAAAUACUGGUCAUAUGAACCAGCUAGAAGCUAAACUAAUUCUGCCUUCAAAUACUGAACAUUGUGGUGCAUUUAUGUUCUUUUCCCCACUGUUUUCCACCAUAAUACGCCCUGUUGUGAGUGUGCUGGUCUGGGAUCAGUUUGCUGCCGUUUGACGCUCAGCAACCAGCAAACAACACACAGCGAGUGCGCUCCUACUUUUACCUUUUAAAGGGUCAACAUGGAGAAAUACUCGCCGAAAUUCAGCAAAGUUCUUCUCACAUCCGAUCCACAUUACAUACCAGGUUACACAGGCUACUGCCCACAGCUGAAGUACAGUGUGGGUAAACCCUACGCCAAGCACACAGCAGACCUGCUGACCAGUCCUGAGGUGAAACACUCCAACCAUCUGGUCCUCCAAACGGGUCAGGUCCCCUCAACUGAGUCUUACCCCGGAUUAGGGGACCAGAUCUGGAGAAGCAAUACAGAAACAGAGAAACCCACAAGGAAGUCGAUACCAGGAUUCACAGGCUUCAUUCCAAAUCGUCGUAAUUAUUUUGCAUGCACCUACACUCAGAUGUGCCACAAAGCUCUGUCUGAGUUUUAUCGCAACAGGAUUUCAAGAAUUCACCGGCAAUCAAUGGAUUUGCCACCUGUCGUCAACUACACCAACCAACGGCUUCAGAAAUUGAACAGCCCUCUGACAACGAUCACUGAUGAACCGAUACCUUACAAGCCACUGACCCCCUGGAAGCCCCCAGGAAAACCAUACUCCAUGGGUGACGAUAACCCACACAAGUACUUCAUCUCAGGCUUCACAGGGCAUGUGCCGAAGUCCCGUUUCCUAUUUGGCUCAGGUUACCCCAUCAUCACCAAUAAGGCGCUGAUCCAGUUUGGGAAGCAACUGCGUAGUGACCCAAGGGACAGUACCCUGCCUUCCAUCCCUCCUGUCAGUCCAUCAAGCAUACAUGUGGCAUCGCUAUAUGGAGGGCACAGCCCGUCAGGUCUUAGCAUUAUAGCUGUAUGAUCUGACUCACUCGAAAAGUAGUCCGUGCUGUCUAAUCCCAAACUAUAUGUAUAUCUCAGAAAUUGGCACAGUGAAGUGAAGGCAUGAAUGAGUCAUGUUAACAUUGCAAAUAUUGUUCUGGACUGGGAGAAAAAGUGACAAAUCAGGACAAGAAAUGAAGGCAAACAUUUUCAGACUUUAUUCACAAAGGUUGAUUGUCACUGAGCACCAGAGGAAGCAUUCAGAGACUGAGGGGGAAAUCAAAGCAGGGACAGAACAGUUUCACAGAUUUCACAUGAUUUACGUACAUUAAAUGUUCCCUGUUAAACAAAUACAGCGAAAUUAAAACUCAUUUCCCCUCAAAGUAUACCUGACACACAUAAAUACCUGAAACGGCCACAAGAUGGCUUACAUUUGUGCAAA